GUGGGGAGGAAGUUGAUUCCCUGGUGCGCAGUGUGGCCUUGUCGACAAGACAACAAGGAUGUUGCUCGCUGUGGUCGGCACUCACUUCCUGUCUGCAAAAUACAAACAAGGCGAUAAAAAAUAAAAACGAAUCUCUGGUUCAGAAAUUCACCCAGCGUCUCUAUGAAAGUGCUGAAUGGGAAAAGAAGAUGCGAUUCCUGGGGAGGACCUGUCUCAUUGUCUUGAGUUUGCUACCAGCUGUUUCUACACAGAGAGAUGGCAGCUCUGUUAUUGGCUCUGAUCUGCCCCACAUUGCCUCUCCUGGUGAAGAUGUCAUCCUGCCCUGUCACAUCACCCCCAGUCUUAGUGCUGUGGACAUGGAAGUGAGGUGGUUCAGAGAGAACAUCAGGGUUCCAGUUCAUUUAUAUUCAGAUCGAAGGGACCAGACAGAUGUUCAGGACAGUGACUAUCGGGGCCGCACUGCUCUCUCGAUAUUGAGGGUGGAGGAAGGCAUUCUUUCUCUGUACCUGAGAAACCUCCGUCACACUGAUAGCGGGGUCUAUUACUGCUCUGCCACUGAUGGAGUCUGGUAUGGACAAGGAAAGACUGAACUGAUAGUCAGAGCUCUGGGGACCCAGCCCUCAAUCUCUAUGGACUCUACACAAGGAGAGCAGACCCGGCUGGUGUGCAGAUCAGAGGGGUGGGACCCUGAACCUGAAGUGAUCUGGAGAGACAGGGAUGGAAACAAUGUGACAUCACUGUCCAACACAACACUGCUGAGAGUCAGUCAGGGGCUCCUCAGUGUCAGCAGCUACAUCAAAAUCAAACAGCAAUCCAACGUGUUCUCUUGUCUGGUUAGAAGUAAAACACCCAAGCCAGACUGGGAAUCCAAACUCCACAUAUCCAGUGAUUUUUUCCCAGGAGUCUCUGGAUGGAUGGUGGCUUUCUUCUUGACUUUAGCUCUCAGUAUUGGAGCCAUUCCUCUGCUGGUGAUCCAAUGGAGAAGAAUGGAUGCCAUGGAGAGAAAGCUUGAGCCUAUGGCUGCUCAGCGCCUUCGCAAGGAACUUGAGUCUGUAAAGCGAGAGGUCCUUAAAUCAGAAUGGAAGUGGAUCCUCAGCUCAGCAGUUGAUGUAACUCUGGACCCUGAUACAGCGCAGCCCGAGCUCACCCUGUCUGCGGAUGGGAAACGAGUGAGAGUGGGAAAGACACGGCAGGAUCUCCCUCAUAAUGAGGAGAGAUUUGAUUACUGGUCCUGUGUGCUGGGCAGGGAGGGCUUCACCUCGGGGAGAUGCUACUGGCAGGUGCAGGUGAAGGGAAAUAAAUGGUGGAGAUUAGGAGUCAGCCAAGAGUCUGCCCCGAGGAAGGGGGAGUUCAGCACAACCCCCCAGCAGGGUUACUGGGCUGUGUGGUGGGGGAGUGGAGAUAGAGAUGAGUUCAGUGCUCUCACUGACCCCCGGACCCCCCUCCCCAUGAGCCUGAAGCCCCAGAAACUGGGGGUUUAUCUGGAUUAUGAAGAAAGGCGGCUCUCCUUUUACAAUGUGGAGACCAGAUCUCACAUCUACACUUUCACUGAUAUGGAGUUCAAUCCCAAUGAGAAACUCUAUCCACUCUUUUAUACUUACAGUGAAACAGACCUUGUGCUGGAAGUCCCCUGACCCUGACCCUGUCAGCGCUGCAGAUUAAACACACAUUGCUGUCUGAACCAGGAAACUAUUCAAACAGCUCAGACAAUAUCCUCUUCACUUUCACCGAUGUUCUCUCUGCACUCUUCUGGGCUGAUGAUAAAAAAAUCCCCUCUCUUCCACCCUCUUACUCUAAGCCCCUACUCUAUUUCUCUACACCCCCUAUACUACUCCUGCCCUGUUUCUGUCCUCCUUUCCCCUCCACCUCUCUCCAUCUCCAGAUCACUCUCCUUCUCUUCUGCUCUCCUCUCCCUCUCACAACCAUGGCCACUACUGUCACUCUCUUCCUCCCUGCCCUCUCUACUCCCCCUCUCCCCUCUGUACUGUCUCUUCCCCUGCCCUCUCUACUCUCCCCUCUUCUUUAAUAUGGUCAUUUAGCCGGGGAAUCUAGCAGACCUGGGAACCUACCAUAAGAGUAUUUAAAGACUUAAACAUAUGUUAAAUGGCACCAGCACCUUUGAAUUGUAACAAGAAAUUGAUUUAGAGAGUUGAACUAGUGUGGUAUUGUGGCAAUGUGCCCCGCACCUGUGUGCAUUUGUGUGUUAUAUGUUGCAUGUAGUGUGUAAAUGUUGGUGUAUUGUAGUUGGUACACGGGAUAUAAUGUGGGUAAUGAGCACGAGUGUUUAAAAUGUAUAAUUGUAUUUAGGCACGGGGAUUGCACUUCACUUUCACGUGCAUUUAAAGUAUUUAAUAUGUGAGCACGAGGUUGCACAUAAUUAGUUCACGUGCUAGGAUUUAAGUGAAUAAUUAAUUAGUAAUUGAAUCCCGGCACAACAGUAUAUAUAGAUGCACGUUUUAUUCACUCAGUGUUGUUGUGUGUUCGUGAGUGGAGAACGGGUGUGGAGAGGAGGUAAAAAACUAAAGAGAAAAUAAUUGCUACUACAUGCUGGAGAACUAGCAUGGUACUUGUUUGUGUCUGGUUUCACUUGUUUGUCUGUCUGUUUAUUGUCUGUUCAUUUUGGCUACUGAGCCGUUUUAUUUUAGAAAGUGUUUUUGUGUUUGUUCAAACCUUUUAUUUUUCCGUAAUUAAUAAACCGCGCAACAGCGCUUUCAUUCACUA